AUGGGAAAGGAAAAGACUCAUGUCAACAUCAUCAUCAUUGGACAUGUAGAUUCAGGCAAGUCCACCACUACUGGUCAUCUGAUCUACAAAUGUGGUGGGAUCAACCAAAGAACUAUCAAAAAGUUUAAGAAGGAGGCUGCUGAGGUGGGAAAGGGCUCCUUCAAGUAUGCCUGGGUCUUAGAUAAACUGAAAGUUGAACGUGAAUGUGGUAUCACCACUGAUAUCUUCCUGAGGAAAUUUGAGACCAGCAAGUAUUACAUGACCAUCAUUGAUGCCCUAGGACACCAAGACUUUAUCAAAAACGUGACUACAGGCACAUCUUGGGUUGACCGUGCUGUCCCAAUUGUUGCUGCUGGUAUUGGUGAAUUUGAAGCAGGUAUCUCCGAGAAUGGGCAGGCCCACAAGUAUGCCCUUCUGGCUUACACACUGGAUGUGAAACAACUAAUUGUUGAUGUUAACAAAAUGGAUUCCACUAAGCCACCCUAUAGCCAGAAGAGAUACCAGGAAAUCAUUAAGGAAGUCAGCACCUACAUUAAGAAAAUUGGCUCCAACCCUGACAGAGUAGCAUUUAUGCCAGUUUCUGGUUGGAAUGGUGACAACAUGCUGGAGCCAAGUGCUAAUGUGCCUUGGUUUGAGGGAUGGAAAGUCACCAUAAAGAUGGACAUCUACAAAAUGGGUAGGCUGAGUGGAGACUGGAGUCUUAAACCUGGCAUGGGGGUCACCUUUGCUCCAGUCAAUGUUACAACUGAAGUCAAGUGUGUUAAAAUGCACUAUGAAGCUUUGAGUGAGGCUCUUCCUGGGGACAAUGUGGGCUUCAAUGUCAAGAACAUAUCUGUCAGAGGGCACCUGGCUCACAUUGCUUGCAAGUUUGCUCAGCUGAAGGAGAUUGAUUGUUCUGGAAAAAAGCUGGAAGAUGGCCCCACAUUCUUGAAAUCUGGUGAUGCUGCCAUCAUUGAUAUGGUUCCUGGCACUUUGAGGGCUUCUCUAACUAUCCUCCUUGGGGCCGUUUUGCUGUUUGUGACAUGA